UAGAGAUAACAUGUUUUAUGAUCAUUAAAGGUACGACAUAGUUUUACAUUUUCCCUGUUCUAUUUACAUUUUUAAUUGUUAAUUUACAGUUCUUGCGUAGUUUGUAAGUGAAGCAUGGAUGCGAUUUUGAAUAAAAUUCGCUGGGGUGGGGAUCCUGACACUCCAGAGCCGCACACAGGACUCUCUAAACGUGACGUCUACAAUAUCAAACGCACCUGGGAGAUAAUAUAUGCACAAGGUGAAACAUAUGGCCUUGAGGUGUUUCUUCGCUUAUUCCGAAUGAACCCGGUUACGAAAACAUACUUCAAAAUGGUAAAGGACAUGGAUGAAACGGAAAUAAAGAAGAGCAAUAGGUUUAAAGCACACGUCAUCACAUUCAUGUCGUCAUUAAAUAUGGCGGUCGCCAAUCUGCAUCAACCUUCGGUGGUGGAGGCAUUAAUGAACAAGCUAGGAGAGUCGCAUAGAAAAGCCCAUGUGGAUAUUGUUCAUUUCGAAGAGGCGAGGACAGUACUGAUAGACAUGCUCAAAAAGGACCUGGCUCAGUCAGACGACGUGAUAUCAUCCUGGGGUCGUUUUAUAGCAUUUAUAUAUAAACAUAUAUUUGUCAAAUUGACAAAACCUAUUUUUUAAUAACGCAGAAGUAGUAUUUGUAUAUGUUCCCGGCAAUCUGUAUAAUUCAGGUAUUCUAUACAACAGCUAAAUUAUACAGAUUACCGGUAACUAUACAUUAAAAGACAAAUGCGACCAAACCAUUUAUAAAUGAAUAUUAAUAUUUGACCUUAUUUUUAUAUGUAUACUUUAAUAUUAUUAUUAUUAUUAUUUUUCUGAUUUAUAUUAAAAUAAUGUAAAAAUGGAGUCUAUAAUUAAUAAAUUUUUGUAACUUGGUGUUGUAUAAAUCAUUAUUUUACUGUAAUAU